AGAAGGCACGUUAAUAGCCAAAGGGAAUGUUGUGCUGCGGAUAUUUGAAAGAAGAAACGUAGAGAACACCGCAAAACACAUUAAAACAUUCACCGAAGACGAACCUUCUGCGGCGAACGAACAUCAAAGAAGAAAGUAGACAAUAGCCAAAUGUGUGUGUGUUUUAGAGGCGAUGAAGAAUGAGGACGCCUGUCAAAUGUCAUAUCGCGGUGGAGACUGAAGAACAGCGCACGCAGCACUAAAGCAGAAGCGCGAGAGGGAAUCCGGUUUUUAUAACGUUUAUUAUUAUAAAUAAUAAUAUUCUCAACACGUUUUGUUUGUGUAUACGUGACAUCGUUUAUUAAUCAGAUGAAGGGACGAUUCAGCAAACGCUCUAUUGAGCUGAAUAUUUUGUGAAAAAUCAAGUAACCAUCUUAAAGAAGGAUUGUGGGAUUGUUCUCGUGUAAACCCAGCAGAAUCAUCCACUGCACGAGCCGAAAUGUGACAUUUUCCACAACCGCUACAGCGCAUUCAUUGAUCAUUGGAUUCUUUAAUCGUUCAAGGGGUCCAUCUUUUAGACCACAAAUUUCAAGAAAACUGAUCUGCCACUGAAAAAACAAUAUCUCAUUCUAAGUAAACAGCCUCCGGAGGCAGCAUGUUCCUGGUUUCGGAUGCAGCCUUGAAGUUGCACUCACAUGCUCGUGCAGAUCCAGCACGACCAGCAAUCUACUAACAGUUUAAACAGCCUGGAUAGCCUGCUUGGAUUGACACCGAGUGACUCAUGAUUUGUGUAUCAGAGGAACUUUUGAUCCUGAAGUUUUUGAUUCUGGCUGAUGGAAUACGCGCUUCAGAGGAAGAAAUUAGAUGAUCGCUCGACAGGAAGAAAAUGGUGGAUUUUCGUGAGAUGUCGCUUGUCCAUGUGUUUGUGCUCGUCGUGGGUUUGCAAGGGAGUUUGUCUCAAGAUGAGAAGCCGACGGUCCCGUGGGGCUGCGGAUUUGGUUUUUCACCACCUUACACUCUCUUAUGUGACCUGGAUGCCUUGUGGGGUGUAGUGGUGGAGGCUGUAGCUGUGGCUGGCGUGUUAGCUGCCAUCUUACUGUCUGUGGUGUUACUAUGUCGCCUGCACUCAGUGACUGACACGGCGAAGCGAAGCGGCAUCGCCCCGAUUCUCUUGCUGUUGAUGGGCAUUAUCGGGCUGUUUGGGCUGAGCUUUGUUUACCUUAUCGAGCAAAACGAAAUCCUUUGCGUGGUGCGACGUGCCCUGUGGGGGGUGUUCUUUUCCCUCUGUUUUUCCUGCAUGUUGGCCCAGGGUGUGAGGCUACGCAGGCUCGCGCAGGAGUCUCGCAGCCCCAGCGGGUGUGCUCUGGCCGGGCUAGCACUUGGGCUGAUGGCAGUGCAAGGCAUCAUCGCCACUGAGUGGCUUCUUCUAACAGUGCUGCGUGAGGGUCACCCUGCUUGCCAGUACCAGCCACUGGACUUUGCACUUGCUUGUUCCUACGUGCUAGCGCUCCUGUUGGCCGCUCUCAUAACUGCAUCUUUAGCAUUGUGUGGGGAGAUGCGACAGUGGCGCUGUAAUGCUGUGUGGCUGCUGGUCUCCUGCUUGCUGUCCGGUCUUCUGUGGGUGGCUUGGGUUGGCUUCUAUAUCUACGGAAACCAAGUGCUCAUGAAGUCUCCAGAAUGGGAUGACCCAGUGCUGGCUGUGGCGCUAGUGGCACAGGGUUGGUUGUUGUUGCUGUUCCAUGCGGUUCCUGAAGCUCAUACCUGCAUGCAAUCUCCACCUCAGCCUUCAGCUCCAGACUACUUUGACACAUCCCAGAACUCCACAUGCAUGCGGGAGGCCAGCCUUGAUGGAGACAUCCCACUUUCACACAGGCAGUUUGUGGAGAACCAGGGAUAUGCUUUCGAUGAAAACACUGCAGGGUUGAGGAGUGGCAGCCAUCAUAAUGGCAACACAGGGGCAAGACCAAGUGCACCCUUCCGAAGUAAUGUCUACCAACCAACUGAGAUGACCAUGAUACUAAAUGGUGGAGCAGUUCCAUCUGCCCCCCCCACAUACACAGGAAGACAGCUGUGGUAAAGGAGGAAGAGUGAGGACCAUGUCAACACCAUCAGCGGUGCAGUGUCACUGAAACAAGACCCGGAUGCUGUGUGUGUGUGUGUGUGUGUGUGUGUGUGUGUGUGUGUGUGUGUGUGUGCCCAGAGCAAUUUGACAUGCAUGACAGGAGGACUGCUAACAACUUAAAACACGAUCGAUAGCUGUAGUGAUUUUUAGUUAGUGAACUGGUGAAAAUAUUGUCCCAUUUUCAAGCAAUUAUACAAUAAAUGCUUUAAAACAGCAUUCGAACACUAAUUUAUUCCAUUACUAUUGAUUGCACCAAAAUAUAUCUGUGAUUAUUAUGGAAAAGUUUACUUGGGUAUUUAAAAAAAAAAAAAUUAUUUUAAACAAAAGUAGAGCUUGGAUGUGUGAGUAUCCUGUUAGGACAGGAUGCUUUGGUCUCUCUGGUGAAAGCUGUUUUCUUUGUGUGGUUAUCUGUGUGUGAAUGGUGUGACUGCAGUGCCGUGACUCCAUGCGGCAAAUCUAAAAUCAGGAGUCCAAAUUUCACUCAAUUCUCAAUGACUUUCCAGUCUUGUCAUCUGAUACAUCAGGGGUCUUGCAUGCAUGACUGGAGUGCUGAAAUAUCCCCUUAGUUUUGUUUGAGCUGUUUGAUUUAACACAGUAACAUAGUUAGCUACCUGCUAUUGCUGUAUAGAUGAGAUGGUGUGAACCGUUGAUGUGAGAACUGAAUGGGACUAAAUGAGGUGAUGUUCGAUAUUGAUGAUAUGGAGAGGGUUGUUCAUAUAGAUCAGACGUCUGCUUGUAGACUCAGUAUGCAGCUUGUGUCUAAAACUUAUUUUAGAAAUAGCCAAAAGGAAAAUUCUGUCAAACAAAAGAUGAUGUCAAGUAUAGCCUCCGUCACCAUUUACCUUUAGUUUUACAUUUGGAAUGACAUGAGUCAUUCUGAUGACAGAAUUAUGAUUUUUGGGUGAACUAUCCAUUUAAGAACAGCAACCCUCACUGACUGUACACAUUUUUGGAGUGAAAGCUGCAUUUAAAUAUAGAAAUAAUCCUCUAAACUGUUGUUUUGUGUGUGUACAGAAUAUAGGAGUCUUCAAAGGAUGACAUGGUGACAUCUAUAGAAACAAUAACAAGAAACAUGGAUGCCAACAGUUUGUUUAGUUUGGUGUUGGCUGUUCUUGACCAAACUAACGUUAGAGACUAUUAUAUUCUGGCAUUUAUUAGUAAACUGCUGUUGACAGAGAUGCUGUAUUUUGUUUAUGUAUACGUGUGCUCUCGCUGAACUGUAAUAUAUGGUUUAAUGCUAGACUGCAGGGCUGGUGUGAGAAACUAAGUUUGAGAGACACACUGGUAUGAGUUUAGACACAUACAGUGGAUAUAAAAAGUCUACACACCCCUGUUAAAAUGCCAGGUUCUUGUGAUGUAAAAGAAUGAGACAAAGAUAAAUCAUGUCAGAACUUUUUCCACCUUUAAUGUGACCUAUAACGUGAACAAUUCAAUUGAAAUUUGAAAUCUUUGAGAAAAAAAAAAAAGAAAAAAGAAAACUCACAUUAACGUGGUUGCAUAAGUGUGCACACCCUUAAAGUAAUACUUUGUUGAAGCACCUUUUGAUUUAAUUACAGCACUCAGUCUUUUUGGGUAGGAGUCAGUUAGCAUGGCACAUCUUGACGUGGCAAUAUUUGCCCACUCUUCUUUGCAAAAGCGCUCCAAGUCUGUCAGAUUGGGAGGACAUCUCCUGUGUACAACCCUCUUCAGAUCACCCCACAGAUGUUCAAUUGGAUUCAGGUCUGGGCUCUGGCUGUGCCAUUCCAAAACGUUAAUCUUCUUCUGGUGAAGCCAUGCUUUUGUGGAUUUGGAUGUGUGCUUUGGGUCAUUGUCGUGCUGAAAGGUGAACUUCCUCUUCAUCUUCAGUUCAUAAUUCCCUCCACCCUGACUAAAGCCCCAGUUCCAGCUGAAGAAAAACAGGCCCAAAGCAUGAUGCUGCCACCACCAUCCUUCACUGUGGGUAUGGUGUUCUUUGGGUGAUGUGCAGUGUUGUUUUUGUGCCAAACAUACCUUUUGGAAUUAUGGCCAAAAUGUUCAACCUUUUUUUAUCAGACCAUAACACAUUUUCCCACGUGCUUUUGGGAGACUUGAUGUUUGUUUUUGCAAACUUUAGCUGGGCUUGGAUGUUUUUCUUUGUAAGAAAAGGCUUCCGUCUUGCCACCCUACACCAUAACUCAUUCAUAUGAAGAAUACGGGAGAUUGUGUACGCAUGUAGCACACAGCCAGUACUUGCCAGAAAUUCCUGCAGUUCCUUUAAUGUUGCUAUAGGCCUCUUGGAAUCCUCCCUGACCAGUUUUCUUCUCCUCUUUUCAUAAAUUUUGGAGGGACGUCCAGUUUUUGGUAAUGUCUCUGUUGUGCCAUAUUUUCUCCACUUGAUGCUGACUGUCUUCACUGUGUUCCAUGGUAUAUCUAAUGCUUUGGAAAUUCUUUUGUACCCUUCUCCUGACUGAUAUCUUUCAACAAUGAGAUCCCUCUGAUGCUUUGGAAGCUCUCUGUGGCUUUUGCUCUGAGAUGCAACUAAGAAAAUGUCAGGACUAGAACUGCUGAACUUUAUUUGUGAUUAAUUAGAGUCACUUUAAAUGAUGGCAGGUGUGUAAUGACUUCUAUUUAACAUGAGUUUGAAUGUGAUUGGUUAAUUCUGAACACAGCAACAUCCCCAGUUAUAAGAGGGUGUGCACACUUAUGCAACCAGGUUAUUGUGGUUAUUUUCAUUUUUCACUCACAAAUAUUUCAGUUUGUUUUUCAAUUGAAUUGUUCACAUUAUAGGUCACAUUAAAAGUGGAAAAAGUUCUGACAUGAUUUAUCUUUGUCUCAUUCUUUUACAUCACAAAAACCUGGCACUUUAACAGGGGUGUGUAGACUUUUUAUAUACGGCUGAUGUUAUAGCACAGAACCUCAGACGAGCUGUCAGUGUCCAAAAGAGAGUGAGGUCACUAUAUUAACAACAAGUUCUUCAGUUCUGUAAACACUGUGUGAAUUAAAUGUAAAUGCAUUUGUCAUUAAUUUAGUUUUUUUGGGAAAACUUGGUUGUAGAAUGUGGUUGUAAUAAUUGAACUGUGAAAAGUUAUGUCACUUUGUACAGAAUGUGCAAACGGCUUGUUCUGAGACAGUGUUUAUGAUUAAUGGGGAUUAAAAUAAAAAAGACUGAGUGGAUUUUUUUCAUUAUAGUGUGGUUGUGUGGUUGCGUAAUAGGUCCCCUUUAAUACCAGGGCUCCGUUCUUCGCACGAUAUCUGUAUUAAAUUGUUGACUAUUUGAUUUGAUUCUGUAUUGAUCCAUUCAUCAAGGAACAUCUCUGAGAUAAGUUACAUCUCGGAAUUGCCGACCUAGCAACAGGUCCAUAGACUGAAACCUGCUCUGAAGUAUGUUUAUUAAAUGUAAACAGGAUUAGAUUGCAGCUUUUUUUGUGUGGAAAUGAUACUAGAACUCUGUCCAAGUCACUGUCUUACGAGAGCUCCUUGGAGAAGGAGCAAUAAUUAUUUCAUAUAAAAAGAAUUGUUUUGAAAUAAUAUAAUAAUAUGAUAAUAGGCACAACUCAUUUUACUCAUUGAGAGUACUGCUUUAGUUGUGAGGGAGUAAUUUACAUUAGAAAUGUAUUGGAGCUUUAUUGGUCUGAGCAUGCAUUAAGUCUGCGUUGGCCUUGGUACUUUCUGCACUGUACAGCUCAAAAGAUGCAGAGAAGUUAGCAAGCUUUUUAAAAGAGAUUAUGCCAUUGCACAACUCUCAUCACUUUACAAAUAAAUUAUAAAAUGAAUCUCAGUACGUGACAUUUUCUUAAAUAAAAAAAUAAUAAUACCUGUAAAAAACAAAAAUACAGACAUAAUGCAAUUGGAAAUAAUGUACUGUAACCGUUACAGUUUUAUUUUUAGAACAUAAGUCAGGUAUUUCUCUUUAUGUUGGCCACAUUGUUGGUUUUACUUACUCUUGUAAGGUCCAAGAAUUAUUUGUAACCUUCUAAAAUUAAAUUUUUUUGAGGAAUCAAGUCUUAUUCACACCAAGUCUGUUUUUUCGGCGCAAACGUUCAUUCCAAACGUGCUUUUGGUUUGGAACAAUUGAUUCCUAUGGCGCUAUUCACACAGAGCCCUACAACUCAUCCGCCAACAAGUUUUUCAUGUUUUUUUAUGGAGAGCAGUCUGAUUUAUUAUUGGGUUUUUUUUCUGACUGCAAUGGAAACUGACUGACCAAUGAGAUUAGAGCUUUUUGUAAUUUUUCCAGAGUCACUACUGCUCCACACUCAUUUACCCCUUGGUGGCGCUACUCAACUGGCAAACACAGGUGCUGUGCUUUUUACUUGUCUCAAUUCAGUGCAAAUAUGCAGUCAAUUAAUAAAAUAGAAGCUGUAAACCCAUUCUUUCUUUUUUUAGAAUAUAUAUGUAUUGUGUUGAUACCUCAUAUUAUAUAAUACCUGAUGUUUUGUCUUAAUGCACAUUUUAUAUGUAUAUCACUGUGCCUGUUAUAGUAUCCAGACAUAAAAUAGCUGUGUGGUUCUGCAAAUCCUUUUGACUAGCUUUGACUAGAUCCCAUGAAAAGCGAUAUUUUACUAUGAGCGUCUACAAACAAAUUGCAGAACAUCACUGCUAUUUUUCUUGCCAGGAUAAUAUAACACAAAGUAUAACUGUGCCCUUUUUCUUUCCACGUGCAAGAAACCCUGAGUUAAAUACAAAUAUGCAAUAAACAAAUAAAGAAAAGGCAGUGAGCCUGUGUUUUCUUUUAUAUAAUUUUUAAUGUUUUGCAUUAUAUUUUCUAUACCUGUUUAUUCCACAUGUUUUUAAAUCAUUGUAACUUUUGUUUCAUUAUGUAGGCAUUAAAAAAAGAAAACCUUGGUUUGGGAAUCCAUUUGGAAUAUUCUCGUAGCAAAAUACAUAUACAUAUAAAAAGUAUUUAUAUUUACGCAACAUCGCUCUUGACUAACCUCUCUGGUAUAAAAAACUGAUUCUAUAUUCCUGAAAAUGCAGUAAAAACAUGGAGAAAACAUAAUUAAAAAGUUACUCCAAAUUAGUUAAAUAAAGGGAAACUAAAUAAAUAUGUUUGUAGAUUUUAUUUAUUACGGUCUUGGUGUGACUAGACCCUUCGUUGGCAGUUCGUCCCAAAAAUUAAUCCUGAAUUUGGUGUGAAUGGACUUUUAGUCUUAAAGAUUCUACAGUUUCGUUUGAGUAUUAUGACUGCAAUUUAUUUUAAAUAUGUGCAAAAUAAAUUUCUCAGAUAAGUUUAUAUUAAUAAAGUGAUUAAUUAUUACUUUUUAAAAAAUAAUAUGAUGUCACCACAUUGGUCUACUUUGUCACCAACCAAUCACUGCAUUGCUGAUCAUGGUUUUGAGUAGUGGUACUUGUGUCCGUCAGUUAACACAGGAAUGCACUGUUAUCUCGGACAACUCAAUCCAAAUAUUCUAAGCAAAUCUGCACUUGUGUUUGAAGAACAAAAUGAGCUACAGAGGAAUUGUAACAAUUAGAAAAAAUGGUAUGUGUCAUAUAAUCUCAGAUGUAUUAUGUGAUGUACGAAGAAUGGGCCCCUGGAGUAAAUAGGGCCUCAAAGGACGAGUCAUUCCAUAUUUAGCUAUAAUAUGAACAUGUUAAAGUGUUGUGUGGUUGUUGGCUUCUGACACUGGGUUGUGAGCCUGUGACCCUCUGGAAGAGACAGUGUGUGUUAGACAGAUGAAUUACAGGUGUGUUGUAUGUAGAUGUGAACACUCUCCUUUUCCUUAAAUGCUUACAUGCUUUACUCUCACAUUAGUAUUCAACAUUCUGUGCCAUAAUUGGUGUUUUAAACUAAAUGUCAGUGCAACAGUGUCUUAAAGAUAUUAUUAUUAUUUUAUUUUACUUAUUACAAUAGUUAAACAUAUAUUUGGUGUUGUAUUGGGUUGUGUGUGCUCUUUGUUUUCAGUUUUGUUUUUAUUUUAGAGGUUGGUUCAUCAUAACAGGGUAUCAAGCCUAAACCCUAAAUAGGCAACCUCAGGGUGACUAGGGCUGGUCAAUACACUGUAGCUAAAAAAAUAUAUAUACUGAUAUUUUUAAACUUUUUGACAAUAUUCAAAAUGUAUCUUGAUAAGUAUUUAUCUGUUCUAAAAUAGGUUAAAAGAGUGUGAGUGUUUUUUUCAAUCAGAUGAACCUCGUUAUGACCAAACAGAUGUUAAGUAGAUUCGAAAUGUACAGUAAAAAUCUAGUUUAAAAUAAUCAGAUUUGUUGCCACAUGCCAGAAAAUCAUUGCAACUAUAUUGCAAGUAUUUGCCUAGCCCUCAGUGUGACUGAAAAGCUAGUGAGAGUGAAGAAAAUCCCAUCUGCCUGUUAUGCAUCACAAACCAGUAGGUUACUAGUAGAAGCUGAAAUUAUGGACGGAACAGGGAACAUCAUUUUGAUAGCUGUUGUGAUAAAUGUACCUGCAUGAUUUCAACAAUCUUUCUAAAUAUAGUAUAUACUAACACAUUUGUGUAAUGAUUUACUUCAACACAUGAAGUAAAUAAUUAAAAAUGCAAAAUUGGUGUGCUACAUUAAGUUUAUUGUCAUUCUAGAGGACUAUACAGUGCA